GAGCAAUCAAUUCAAGUACAAAAGUAAGAGAAUCUGCUUGAAAAGUAUUUUGUCUAAAUGUCAUUGAAAGACUUUUGUCUGUUUAGAUAAGUACAGGAAAGGCCAUUUUAAAACUACAACAUAGACAUAUUUUGACAUAUACACUGAAGUUUUGCGAAACAUGUUUAGAUAUUUGGAUUAACGAAACAAAAUCUAGUGGAUUUAAUUGUCGACAUAGAAUACUGAAUCAAAGUACUAAUUGGUGUAACAGUAACAACAGAUAUACCGUUGUGAGGGUACAAUCUAAAGCCCAAUCCAUGAAAAUGCUGAAUCUCUUAUGGACAUUGAUGGUCUUAACGGUUGCCCUGACAAUCACGUAUGGCUACCCUUCAGGAGCACCCCCUCAGGCAUGCGGAACCAUGACCCCCGGACAUCACGUCGAGGCACAGACUUCUCCUGCUCCUUACUCUACAAAUAUUUCACAAACAAGCUACAAAGGAGGAGAUACGAUAACAGUGACGCUGACCCAGACUGGCAAAAACAACUUUGUUGGAUUCAUGAUAGAAGCAAGAAGGGCGGACUUCAGAGAGAAACAAGAUGAAAUUAUCGGAUUCUUCACACCUGUUAAUGGUACAAGAUUAGCAUGCAAUGGUACUCUUGGAAACGCCUUAACGCACAGUGAGCAAGCUCCUCACGGGCCCUUAACGGUGAUUUGGACAGCUCCGGCAAAGGCUCAGGGGCAUUUGGUCUUCAAGGUGACAUACUUGCAGGAUUUUAGCACAUUCUGGAUAGACACGGAAUCUCCUGUCCUAUAUGACCCAACAGCGCCACCUUUAGAAGAGCCCACGACACCACACGGAACUCAACCACCAUGGUCCAAUUUCAACACAACAUCGUGUGGAACAACAAAGGGAUGCUACAGCGUACCUCAAGGGUGUAGCCCAACCAAUAGUGAUUGCCAAUACUUCGUCUCUUGGCGAGAAAACAACAAAGACGUUGAUUUUGAAUUGUAUGCUAAAGAUGGCGAAUAUGUUGCAGUCGGCUUCUCACAUGAUAUAAUGAUGCCGGACACUAGUGUAGUGGCGUGUUCCAUGAAUAAGGGCUUCGUUGAAGUCAGCAAUUACUACAAUAAGGAAUAUUCUAGUGGACAACUCUAUCCCGGUGCAAAAGUUGGUUUGAACAACACGGAGGGAUAUUGGACAGGGAAUGACAUAAGCUGUAGAUUCUCCAGAGCAAAGAUCAUAACUACAGACCAGUUCAAAAAUACACCAAGCCAGUCGAUCUUCAACUUGACGCAAUCAUAUUAUCUUCUUGUUGCAAAGGGACAAUCAACUCACGGUGAAAUUAUGAUGCAUAGUGUUAAAAGAGGGGAGUUCCCUGUGGUCACGCCUGAUAAGGUGGAUUUCUCAAAGUAUGACUUGAUGUCUGGACGUGCAGUCUAUCCCCUGGUCAAACUUCAUGGGUGUUUUAUGCUGGUUGCCUGGAUGUUGACAGCCACAUGUGGAAUGCUUAUAGCCAGAUAUUUCAAACUUCACUGGGGAUCCAGUACCCUUGGGGGAAAGAACAUUUGGUUCCAGGUACACAGGACAUGCAUGUUGCUCACAUUGCUACUUGUCAUUGCUGGGGUUGUGGUCAUAUUUGUAUAUGUGAAGGGAUUCGCUGAGUGGCACAAUGAUACUCUCCUAGACCUACACCCCAUACUUGGACUAAUUGUUACAGGAUUAGUGCUUCUUAAUCCAACAAUUGCAUUGUUCAGGCCGAGUCCCACUGCUGAGAAGCGUCCCAUAUUCAACUGGGUUCACUGGGGAAUAGGCAACCUGGCACUGGUUGCAGCAAUGGUGCAGAUCUACACUGGAGUUGCAAUGCCUGGUGCAUUUGUAGGGUGGAAUGCUACGUGGCUGUUUAUUGGCUGGUUGAUAUUUUAUGUCACUGUUUUAUUGGUGCUGGAGUUUUAUGAACGUUGUGUUCUUGCCAGGAAAGUUACUGAUGAAGACACUGAGUUAUUAGAUGGAAUAGACAAAAAACCAGGGGUUGAGGAAGGGGACACAUUUCAGACGGUGUUUCUAGCUAUUUACCUUACUCUAACAUUUGCUGCUACAGGCGGGAUGCUUUAUCUUGUCUUAAAUGGAACAUAACUAUAUAAUGUUGCUCCUCUAUUCAAGACCAUCCUCUUAGGAGUGUACCUUGCAGGGACAAUAGUAAUGACAGUACUCAUUGUAAUUAUUGUGGCGUUGUCUCCUCUAUGAAAAUACUCAAUUUAUCUCUUAAUCCAUUGUCUCUUCACCCUCCCCUGUACAUACUUCACCUUAUUUAGGGGAGAUAUGUAAGAGCAUUAUGGAAAGAGAGAGGUCACAAGAGAUUGAAGCAAGAUUAAAAAUCUUCAUUCAGCAUUAUUUUUGAUUUUAAUAAAUGCCAUUUGAUGGCAACUGUAUGGCGUCCAUAGGUUUCCAAAAUUGAGAGAAAUAUGCGCAUAAAUUAUAGGGAUAAGCAGUGCGAUGUGACAGUUGCUACGUGACUGAGGCUUAAAACUCACACAAAUUUGACUGUUUGAAUAAGUGUAUGAUAUUACAUGUAACAUUGUGCAAUAGAUCUUAUGAACAAUUAUGAAUUAUUAGUACAGUUUUAUGAUAAAAUGUAUGCAUUUUCUUAUAAGUUCUGGGCUCGUAGCACUUGGCAAAGUCAGAUAAAUACAAAAAAGAGGAAAUAUUAGGCCAAUUUCUUUAUAUCAACAUGACUAAGGAUUCUUAUACAAGUACUGUAUAUAGCAGAUCAUGACUGGAGUUUUCUUAGGACCAGUCCGAUUGGUUUAUAUGUAGAUAUUGCUACAUGUAUGAUAAUGAUAAGGCUGAAACUACAAUACAUUCUAAUCAAUUUGUCUUCAUAAUUCAGUUGUGAUACAUGUUUAAAGAUUAAAAGAAUAUCAAAAGGUUUUGGGUAUUAUGAACAUAUGUGGUAUUUUCAUGUCUAAAGGUCUUGAUAAGCACAAAUAUUUAUCCUGUGCCAGUCCUGGCACGGGAUAAACAAAUAUAGUAUAGCAUUCCAUAAAUAUUUUUCAAAAGAAUAAAAUUUAAAAUCAUGAUA